GUUGGCUCGCAUUCGCUUCCCAGCAGCCGAGCAACAGUGGAUCGCGUGUUAAAACGCGUGUCGAAACCUGGGUGUCGUGACGCGUGUGUUUUUCCAAAUCUGAGUCUUUGUUGCAGCCGCACACAGUUUCGCAGUGUUUUCAAGUGAGAUCAUUCCAGGCCUGAUAAUAAUAAAAAUUUGAAUUUCAAGUGCGUGAAUUGCCGGGCGUCGCAGCCUGCGAUCAACGGUGCAACUAGAGUGUGUCAGUUCUGUUUACAUCCGGUUUGAUUGAGGAGUUGUUCCUUCUUCCCCCGAUUCUGGAUACUUGGCGCGGAUGCCUCUCGACGGGCUCGUUCAAGAUUUUCGGAGCACGAGUACACGAACCACAUUUGAAAUGUCGAUCGAUCAGUAAGACGUUCAAGAUGUCAGCCUCCGGCGGCGGGGGUGGUGGGGGAGGCGGAGGGGGAGCUCUCAGUCUGAUGGGUUGCGUGAGGGAGGCAUCGCCACCCCCUCAGGAACCAGCCAACCAGCUGGAAUUUUCGGUUCAACCAAGCCUGGAUGCUCAACCGAAAGAGCCAAAGAAAAGACGUUUUCACCCAUUACGAGGACUGCGAAAGAUCUUCAGGCGAAAAAGCCGAGGCGCUGCCGAUCUCAACGCAACUUCGUGCAGCAACGCCGAAGGCAACGAUCGCGUCCUUUCUUCUCGCGAUCGCGAAGAAGUUACUUUGAGACACCCGGCUGGACGCCCUGAAGAAUCCCGCAGUCGAAGCGCUAGCGAACUUCUAACGGAUCCUUGCAACAGAGAAAGUACUACCGCCGAAUCCAACGACUACUACUGGCCAAGAAAAUACAGAGCCGCUGUUGUAUCUUUGAAUCGUUACGAGUUGAGCGAAACCGUUUUCCUUCGACGAAGUGGAGUCGGCGAGGCGUUUGCAAAACUACGAGGAGGGCCCGGUCAGCUAUCCGUAUCUCACGACAGCGUCUUCCCAGGCGAAGUGCCGCACACUCGUCCACUCUCUUCGGUGGACCCGCUAGCCACCCUGGAGCGAAGACCGUCAAAAGUCAGCGAAACCGAAAGCAAAGAAACGUCGUCUCUGGUUACCCAGAAACACCGGAUAUCCCUUCAGGUGUUGGAGCAAAUAAAGACCGUCAUAGAAAGCAGAAACCAGGUCUCAUCCAGCGACAGUACAAUUUUACAAUUUCUAUUACAGAACCGCAGCUCGAGUAGCAACGUCUAUCAUGUCGAACAGACGCAAACGAAGGCGACGACGACGAAAUCAUCAACCGAAUAUGUAACCCAAACUAUAAGGUCACAGACGAAAGAAGAUUUACCGGAGCUGGAAAGCGUGCCUUUGAAUCACACGGCGGCGAUGCACCGGAUAAACGUGAGGCCAAAGAACCGAAGAUUGCCUCGACGAGUAUCCUCACAGAAAAUUGGACCCUCUUUGAACAUCACGACGAUAUCCGAAGGCUCGGACACGUUGGACAGCCUGGAGACCCUGGGAAGCGUUGCGGAUUCACCGAUAGAAUCACGGAACGUGACGGUGAUCAGAAAGUCGUCAAGCCGCCUUAGCAAAACGACAGAUAUAUUCGGUGAGCUCGAGACGAAAUUAAGCUCGCCUGGAAGCGCGCUCUCAAAAUCGCCGGACAGCCUGGAGAACAACGGAAUAAUUCUGUCCCUUCCUGUCGAGGAAGGAGGCGGGCAGAUCGUGGAGAUGAUAAAGCCGGUUACGAGGAAGUUGUCCAACCGGAUAUCGAAGGGCUCGGAUAUAUUCGCCGAACUCUCGUCGAAACUGCCGCGAAGAAGGUCUUCGGCAAACCGUCAGUCGAAGUCGCCGGACAGCCUGGACAACACGUGGUCAAAAUCAACCGACAGUUUCGAUCGACUCGACGAGUCCGAGGAGCCGUGCAAGCCGAUUCCGAUGAGGAGGACGCUCAACCAGCAGAUGUCGAAGUCGUCGGACCGGGUCUCGAAGUCCUCGGACAGCCUGGAGAACCUGGAGAACCUGAACACGGUUAACAGCGACGAUUCGAUCGAUAGACGACGAAGCAGCUACGAGCUCAGGAACGUCCAGAGAUCGAUCAGAGCGAUGUCUAAGUCCUCGGAGAGCUUCGAGGUCCUUGAGGAAGGCGAGAGGCGGUCGGAAAACGCGGAGGAAACGCAGCGGAGUCUGGCCAGGUCGGCGGAAAGCCUCGACAAGACGGAGGACGUCGCGCAGGAAAAAAUCGAGGCGAAAUUGUCGAGUUCAGACCUGAGCAAACGGUGCUGGAGGGCUAAUAAACGGAGUACCGUUUCGUCAGAGAGUUCGGACAACCUUGAGCUCGAUGAUGAGCUGGAGAACCGACGAGCACGGAGACCCUCGAAGAGGAUCGCGAGCACGAGUCUUGUCGACGCUGUUCUACCGGCGAACGAAGAGACGGAAAGAAAAUCAGCGCCGAUUCAAACGAGGAAGAAUUCCAGGUUUCAAAAGUCAUCGGAGAGCUCGGAACUUGGCAGCACCGACACCCUCGACUCUGAUAAGAAGAAUAAAUCCUCGACGAGCACAGAGACCCUCGAUAGUCUCGAGAAGGACAUCGAACAGGACUCGAGGGAGGAGGAGGAGAUCACCGACACCGUUGUCGAGAAAAGGAAGAAACACGACGCGUGGGCAGGUCAGGUUCAGCAGACAGAUUCGAACGGCCUCGAAAUGGAGGAAACGAAAGCACUUAUUUCAGAUAAAUCCUACUGGCGACAGUCGUCGGACGUUAAGGAGAACAUAGACAUACAUCAGUUGUUGGCGAUAACUAUCGUGCAACACAUUGCGGACAACGGAAAUCAAAGAAACUCGGUUAUCUUUCCAAAGAAGAAAUUAUCCUCGCCGCCAACAUCCCCGGAGAAGCAGCAAGACGACAAUAAAAUAAUGUUCAACAAUUUGCUUGCCAGCAAAAACGACGAGGAUUUGCAAAACAUGUUGAACGGAAAUAUUUCCGAAGUAUCGACCGACACUAAAAGCUUUAAAGAAAAACUAAUUAUGUUCGAAAAACUUGGCAAAUGAAAGCUUAUUAUAACUGUUUCAUAAACUAUUAUAUCAAGCUGUAAUCGCUGCUGCUGCUGCUGUUGCUGCUGCUUAUUAUUAUUAUACGUAUGUAUGACAUGUACAUAAAUAAUUUUUAUCAUAUUUUCUAUAAUUUCACGUUCUAUUAUACACAUAUACGCGCAUAUCCUUCUCGAAUCCUUGGAUUUCGUUUUGGAUUUUAUACAUAAAGCUUGUUAUUUAAGAAAAUUACGUUGAUACUUUUCGUUUUACCUCUAUUUUUUAGUUCAUAUAUUUUAUGUAAGAAAAAUCAAUAAUAAUAUUAUUAUUAUUAUUAUUACUAUCAUCGUUAUUAUUAUUAUUUGUACACAAUUAUUAUUGCUUGUGAAUUUUUGUAUACCCAAUGUAAAAAGAUGACGUUAUAAAAACCUAAUUAUUUAAA